AUGUACAGCACGCCCGAGGGCGAGAAGAUGGUGCAGAUCAUCGAGGAAGAGAUGUCGUCGUACUCGUCCUCUAACGGCCCGCCUGAGAGCGAGAAGAGCUCCGCGAGCCCGAAUGCGGGAGGAAGUACGGCCAAGGCGUCAGGCGUCGAGGAGCACUACACUGCCAAGCAGAUGGAGGUCGUCACGCGCGUCAAGCGGUGCGGACACACGGCGUACUACUCGAUUCUAGCUGUGGAGAAGACGUGCUCGGAGAACGACGUGAAGCGCGCGUACAAGAAGCUCGCGCUGCAGCUGCACCCGGACAAGAACGGCGCCCCCGGGGCCGACGAGGCGUUCAAGAUGGUCUCCAAGGCCUUCCAAGUGCUGAGCGACAAGAACCUGCGCGCGGUGUACGACACGAAUCCGUCCAUCGACCCGACACAGCGCGGCGGCGGCGGCGGCGGCGGAGGAGGGAUGGGAGGCAUGGCGCGGGGCUUCCCGCAGGGAGCCCAGUUUGCGUUCCAGGACGGCGGUAUCGACCCGGACGACCUGUUCAACAUGUUCUUCGGCGGGGGCAUGGGGGGCGGGAUGGGUGGAUCCCCCUUCGGUGGCGCGCGGGUGUACACCUUUGGCGGGGGCGGGCCGACAUAUCAUCGCCGCCGGCCUGGAAACGCGUACGCGCGCGCCCAGCAUGGGGAAGAGCAGUCCCCCCUCCUCGCGCUGCUGCCUAUUGGUCUUUUGAUCCUCUUCAUUCUCUUCUCGGUCAUCCCGUCUUUGUUCGCAGGACCCUACCAGCCCGACCCCAGCUACUCCUUCAGCCCCAGCUCGCAGUUCGACACGCCCCGCCAUACCUGGCAGCGCUCCGUGCCGUAUCACGUCAACCGGGCCGAAUUCGAGGCAUCGGACAUCUACAACUCCGUCCCCGAACAUAAGCGCGGGGAGAAGAACAGCGGCCUCUUCAGUAGCAAGAUGCGCGCGUUCGAGCGCGGCGUCGAGGAGAACCAUAUCCGGCGCUUGCAGGCUGAGUGCCAGAACUUUAACGCGCUCAAAAACCGCAAGAUCCGCGCCGAGGCGGGCGUCUUUGGGCUCGGCGCGGAUUAUGACAAGAUUCGCAAACUGAGAGCAGAGACGAACUCGGCGUGCGAACAGCUUAGGCGGUGGGGACUGCCGCAGCAGGCGUUUUAG